GUUUUUUAGGAUCACAUUUUACAAAAGCACCAUGGAGUUUUAUGAAUCAACAUAUUUUAUUGUCCUUAUUCCUUCAGUAGUUAUUACAGUAAUUUUCCUCUUCUUCUGGCUUUUCAUGAAAGAAACAUUAUAUGAUGAAGUUCUUGCAAAACAGAAACGAGAACAAAAGCUUAUUCCUACCAAAACAGAUAAAAAGAAGGCAGAAAAGAAAAAGAAUAAAAAGAAAGAAAUUCAGAAUGGGAACCUCCAUGAAUCUGAUUCUGAGAAUGUUCCCCAGGACUUUAAAUUAUCUGAUGCCUUGGCUGUGGAAGAUGAGCAAGUUGUACCUGUUCCACUGAAUGUGGUUGAAACUUCAAGUAGCAUUAGAGAAAGAAAGAAGAAGGAAAAGAAACAGAAGCCUGUGUUAGAAGAACAGGUCACCAAAGAAAGUGAUAUGUCAAAGAUUCCAGGCAAAAAAGUAGAAUCUGUCCCAGUUACUAAACAGCCCACCCCUCCCUCUGAAGCAGCUGCAUCAAAGAAGAAACCAGGGCAGAGGAAGUCUAAAAAUGGAAUUGAUGAUCAGGAUAAAAAGGUGGAAACUCCUAUGGCACCUUCAAAAAAGCAAGAAUCAUUACCCCUCCGUCAAGAGACUAAACAAGAAAGUGGAUCGGGAAAGAAGAAAGUUUCAUCAAAGAAGCAAAAGACAGAAAAUGUCUUUGUAGAUGAACCUCUUAUUCAUGCAGCUACUUAUAUUCCUUUGAUGGAUAAUGCUGACUCAAAUCCUGUGGUGGAUAAUAGAGGGAUUUUUGAUGUGAUUAAACCUGACCAAGGAGAAGGAAUCCGCAAAACAGGGGUUAAAAAACUGAAGACUGAAACUGAGAAAGAAAAUGCUGAAGUAAAAUUUAAAGAUUUUCUUAUGUCCUUGAAGACUAUGAUAUUUUCUGAAGAUGAGGCCCUUUGUGUUGUAGAGCUGCUAAAGGAGAAGUCUGGUGUGAUCCAGGAUGCUUUAAAGAGGAUGGCAGAGAAAGAAAGAAGCAGUGUGGUUAUAGCAAGGAUGAAAGAUCGGAUUGGAACAUUAGAAAAGGAACAUAAUGUAUUUCAAAACAAAAUGCAUGUCAGUUAUCAAGAGACUCAACAGAUGCAGAUGAAGUUCCAGCAAGUUCGUGAGCAGAUGGAGGCAGAGAUAGCUCACUUGAAGCAAGAAAAUGGCAUACUGAGAGAUGCUGUCAGCAAUACUACAAACCAACUAGAAAGCAAGCAGUCUGCUGAACUAAAUAAACUACGCCAGGAUUAUGCUAGGUUGGUGAAUGAGCUGACUGAGAAAACAGGAAAGCUGCAACAAGAGGAAGUCCAAAAGAAGAAUGCUGAGCAAGCAGUUACUCAGUUGAAGGUUCAACUCCAAGAAGCUGAGAGAAGGUGGGAAGAAGUCCAGAGCUAUAUCAGAAAGAGAACAGCAGAGCAUGAGGCAGCCCAGCAAGAUUUACAGAGUAAAUUUGUGGCCAAAGAAAAUGAAGUGCAGAGUCUACAUAGUAAGCUUACAGAUACCCUGGUAUCAAAACAACAGUUGGAACAAAGACUAAUGCAGUUAAUGGAAUCGGAGCAAAAAAGGGUGACCAAAGAAGAGUCUCUACAAAUGCAGGUUCAGGAUAUUUUGGAGCAGAAUGAAGCUUUGAAAGCCCAAAUUCAACAAUUUCAUUCCCAGAUAGCAGCCCAGACUUCCGCUUCAGUUCUAGCAGAAGAAUUACAUAAAGUGAUUGCAGAAAAGGAUAAGCAGAUAAAACAGACUGAAGAUUCUUUAGCAAAUGAACAUGAUCAUUUAACAAGUAAAGAGGAGGAACUUAAGGAUAUACAGAAUUUGAAUUUCUUACUAAAAGCUGAAGUACAAAAAUUACAGGCCCUGGCAAAUGAACAGGCUGCUGCUGCACAUGAACUGGAGAAGAUGCAGAAAAGUAUUUAUAUUAAGGAUGAUAAAAUAAGAUUGCUUGAAGAGCAGCUACAGUGUGAAAUUUCAAGCAAAAUGGAAGAAUUUAAGAUUCUGAAUGACCAAAAUAAAGCAUUACAAUUAGAAGUUCAGAAGCUACAGACUCUUCUUUCUGAACAGCCUAGCAAAGAUGCUGUGGAACAAAUGGAGAAAUGUAUUCAAGAAAAAGAUGAGAAGUUGAAGACUGUGGAAGAAUUACUUGAAACUGGACUUAUUCAGGUGGCCACUAAAGAGGAGGAACUGAAUGCAAUUAGAAGAGAAAAUUCAUGUCUGAGGAAAGAGGUUCAAGAAUUAAAGACUAAACAAAAUGAUCAGGUUUCUUUUGCAUCUCUAGUUGAAGAACUUAAGAAAGUGAUCCAUGAAAAAGAUGGAAAGAUCAAGUCCGUAGAAGAACUUCUGGAAGCUGAACUUCUCAAGGUUGCUAAUAAGGAGAAAACUAUUCAGGAUUUGAAACAGGAAAUAGAGGCUCUUAAAGAAGAAAUAGGAAAUAUCCAGCUUGAAAAGGCUCAACAGUUGUCUAUCACUUCUCAAGUUCAGGAACUUCAGAGCUUAUUAAAAGGAAAGGAGGAACAGAUGAAUACCAUGAAGACUGUCUUAGAAGAGAGAGAGAGAGACCUAGCCAGUAGAGGGAAAUGCUUACAGGAUCUUCAAGAAGAAAAUGCAUCUUUAAAAGCUCAUAUUCAGGAAGUAGCCCAACAUAACUUGAAAGAGGCAUGUUCUGCAUCACAAUUUGAAGAACUUGAGGCUGUGUUGAAAGAAAAGGAAAAUGAAAUGAAGAGAGUCGAAACUAUUCUAAAAGAGAGGGAGAGUGAUCUUUCUAGCAAAACAAAGCUAUUACAGGAAGUAAAAGAUGAAAACAAAUUGUUUAAAUUCCAAAUCGAACAGCUAAAGCAACAGAACUAUCAACAGGCAUCUUCUUUUCCCCCUCAUGAAGAACUAUUAAAAGUAAUUUCAGAAAGAGAAAAAGAAAUAAUUGGUCUCCAGAAUGAGUUAGAGUCUUUGAAGGAUGCUGUUGAACACCAGAGGAAGAAAAACAAUGACCUUCGGGAGAAAAACUGGGAAGCAAUGGAAGCAUUGGCAUCAACUGAAAAAAUGCUGCAGGACAAAGUGAACAAGACUUCCAAGGAAGGACAACAACAUGUGGAAGCUGUUGAAUUGGAAGCUAAAGACGUUCUCAAAAAAUUAUUUCCAAAGGUGUCUGUCCCUUCCAAUUUGAGUUAUAGUGAAUGGUUGCAUGGAUUUGAAAAGAAGGCAAAAGAAUGUGUGGCUGGAACGUCAGAUUCAGAGGAAGUUACGAUUCUAGAGCACAAGUUAAAAGAAGCUGAUGAAUUACACACAUUGUUACAGCUUGAGUGUGAAAAAUACAAAUCUGUCCUUGCAGAAACAGAAGGAAUUUUACAGAAGCUACAAAGAAGUGUGGAACAAGAAGAAAAUAAAUGGAAAGUUAAGGUCGAUGAAUCACAAAAGACUAUUAAACAGAUGCAGUUGUCAUUCACAUCCUCAGAACAAGAGCUAGAGCGGUUAAAAAGAGAAAGUGAAGAUAUUGAAAAUUUGAGAAGAGAACGAGAGCACUUGGAAAUGGAACUAGAGAAGGCAGAAAUUGAACGAUCUACCUAUGUUACAGAAGUCAGAGAGCUGAAAGAUCUGUUGACUGAAUUGCAGAAAAAACUUGAUGAUUCAUAUUCUGAAGCAGUAAGACAGAAUGAAGAGCUAAAUUUGUUAAAGGCACAGUUGAAUGAAACACUCACAAAACUUAGAAUUGAACAGAGUGAAAGACAAAAGGUAGCUGGUGACUUGCAUAAGGCUCAAAAGUCGCUGGAUCUUAUCCAGUCAAAAAUUGUAAAAGCUGCUGGAGACACUACUGUUAUUGAGAAUAGUGAUGUUUCCCCAGAAAUGGAAUCUUCCGAGAAGGAAACAAUGUCUGUAAGUCUAAAUCAGACUGUAACACAGUUACAGCAGUUGCUUCAGGCAGUAAACCAACAACUCACAAAAGAGAAAGAACACUACCAGGUAUUAGAGUGAAGUAAUUGGGAUACUAUUCAUUCAAGGAUAACAGAAGGCAUUGUAUUAUAUUUUGCCAAAUUAAAGCCUUAUUUAUGUUUUCACCCUUUGUACUUCGUCAGAAACACUGAACAGAGUUUUGUCUUUUCUAAUCCUUGUUAGACUACUGAUCUAAAGAGAAAAAAGCAACUCUGUAGACACCUUCAGAGUUUAGUUUUAUAAUAAAAACUGUUUGAAUAAUUAGACCUUUACAUUCCUGAAGAUAAAAUAAACAUGUAAUCUUGUAUCUUAUUUUGCUCAAUAAAAUUGUUCAGAAGAUCAAAAGUGGUAAAGACAAUGUAAUAUUUAACAUUUUAAUACUGAUAUUGUACCUGUUUUACUUAACAUUUUGGGGAGUAACUGCCUCUGACUUCAAGAAAACACUUUUUUUGUUGCUAAUGUAAUCCGUUUUUUGUAAUGGCGUCAGCAAAUAAAGGGAUGCUUAUUAUUCAGA